GAUUCCCAUCUCCAGCCACCUCCUUCGUAACGUAUUCAAGCGCUGCCCAUGUUGUAACUUUGGUCACUUUUCGUUUUUAGUAUCUGUCUGGCCCUGUAGCUACCCAGCAUUGCACAUCUCACCGACAUUCACUUCUUGGUUCGUUUUUUCCCCUCACUCGUCAUAUUACGACACUGCCCUUGCUUUUGGGGGAUGACUGUUGUGAUUUGAUUUAUUCCAUCACCACGCUCACACCAAAACACAACAAAACAAAACAAAACACAACACAACAACAAUUAUUUGCAUCGUCUGCUGCGGACUCAGAUAAUUUCCAAAGAGUCCAGAACAGCAAGCGUAUUGGAAUCAAAAUCAUACCGCCUGAUUAAUUAUUAGUGCUGUCCGCGCAACUUUUCUCGGAAGCCAACAGGCAGCAAAGCACUUUCCGGUCGCAAAUCGAGAAUAACCCCGCCAUCAAUUAUCAGCCAUGACUUCCUACGAUUAUGAGUAUGAGACGGUCGAGGAACCACGCCGACACCAUUCCCACCGUCAUCGAAAACAUGAUCGCGAACCAAGAUAUGCUGACGAGCCACGUUACGUCGAAACUCAAGAAACGUAUGUUCGCUCAGCCGCUCCUGCAGUAACUCAUGCUCCCGACGCUCCGAUUAGAGAGAGAGAAAGAGAAGUGAUUCAAACGAGAGAACUCGUACGUCAACCUCGUCGUGAAGAUAGCAAUUUGUCAAUCGAAGAGGUGAGAAGAGAUUUUCCUCCACCAGCAGGUGGUGCCUAUGUAGACCAACGAACGACCGUCCGUGAGUCUAGGUACGGUGCGCCGGCCCGCCGCUCUCGUUCCGUGGGGCGUGAUGGCCGCUAUGGAGAAUACCUCGACGAUAGCAGAGGCGAUCCACGACGCUCUUUCCAAGAUCUCGAUCGACAAAGUGAUUAUUACGAAGAUACAAAAGUCGAACAUAAACGAUCGCUUUCACGAAAUCAAAAAAUUGUUGCCGCCGUUGGGGGAGCUGCUUUAGCGGUUGGAGCAAAGGAAUUAUGGGAUCGAAGAUCGGCCGAGGGUAGACCAGUCGAGCGAAACCCAAUAGCGUCUGCUAUGGUCGGAGCUGCCGGGGCUUUUGCCGCAUACGAGGGAACAGAACUUUACGAUAAACAUGGAAAUAAGGAAAAGAAAGUUAAGAAAUACGCUGCUCACAGAGAUCGAAAUGGUGAAGUUCAAGAAUCUUAUUACUCCGAAGAUGAGGAGAUCAAACCCGAGAAGAAGAAGGGUCGCCGCAAGUCAAUUGUUGAGGGCGCUAUGGCUCUCGCAGGUUUAGGAGCUGCCGCCAAGGGUGCUGAACACCAUCGAGGCCGCAGAGGUAGCGGAGAUAGCUAUUAUGAGGAAUCGAGCUCCAAGAGAAGCAGAUCAAAGUCCAGAUCAGGUGAGGGUACUGCCAAAUAUCAACAAGCCGCCAAGGCUGCUCUUUUAGCGGGUGCUGCCGAAGCAUUCCGAGUCCGAAACGAGCCCGGAGCUUGGGGUGGUGAGAAGGGAAAGCGUAUCCUUACUGCAGCCAUCGGAGCUGGUGGUAUUGAUGCGGCUAUCGACAGAGAUGCUGACAAGAAGAGCAAGCGUCAUAUUCUUGAGGCAGUUGUUGGAGGUCUCGUUGGAAAUCGUGCUAUUAACGGAUCACGAAAGGAGGUCGAAGAAGAUCCUGUCACUGGACGCUCUCGAUCCAGAUCUCGAGCACGCUCUUCUUCCCGAGGUGGAGGAGGUGGUGGGGGAACCGGUCUCGCUGCUCUUGCAACUGCAGGUCUUGGAGCUAUCGCUGGCAAGAAAUUGCUUGAUCGUUCCCGAUCUCGUUCCAGGGCUCGUUCCCAAUCUCGAUCCAGAGCUCGUUCUCAAUCUCGGGGACGCAGAGAUGAUUACAGCCGCAGCCCAUCGCCAGACCGUAGCAAGCGUAGCAGAAGCAAGAGUGUCAGCUCAAUGGCAAGAAAGGGUUUGGCUGCUCUUGGUAUUGGAGCUGGAGCCGGAGCUGCUGCCAAUGAAGUCGGUCGUAGCCGCGAUCGUAGCCGUAGCCGCAACCGUGAUAACUACGAUGACUAUGAUUCUUACGAAGAACGUCCAAGACGCUCUAAGAACUCAAGAGGCGACGUGUAUGGUAAUCCACGUCAUGCCGAAUCUCGUGGCAGUGUAGAUAGUCGUGGAGGUGCUAGGGCAAGGGAUGGACAGAGAAGCAAGGGAAAGAAUGGAUAUGAUAGCGACGAUUCAUUGAUUUCGUCAUCAGAGGAUGAGAGGAGGGUUAAAAAGAUGAAAGGUAAGCAACUUAUUACAGCCGGUUUGGCAACUGUUGCCACGAUACAUGCCGCACAUAAUGUCUACGCAAGUAUGGAGGCACGUGAUGCGCGACACAAGGCUGUUAAAGAAGGAGAAAUGACCCCGGAGGAGGCAAGGAAGCUUAAAGCAAAGGCAGCAUUACAAGAUGCAGCAUCUGUUGGCAUUGCAGCACUCGGUAUUAAAGGAGCCAUCUCGGAAAUCAAGGAGGCAAAUGAGAUACGACACGAAUGUAGAGAAUUCCGAGAGAAAAAGGGUGAGCGUCAUAAGAAACGUCUCGAAAGACAAAAGAAACAUUUGGAGAAUGGUGACAGAAGACAAAGAGAAGAUUCUCGCGACACUUAUUCUCCCUCUUAUGACAGUCGUUACGAUGAUCGAUAUGAUGAUCGUCGCUACAAUUCGGGUCCUCGUUACUAUGAUGGAAAUCCAUACUCCACGGGUUUACCAGCUCCUCCUGUUGGAUAUGAAAGAUAAUCCAGCUAUCAUAUCAUAUAUCGACAGACACACCAAUUACGCUCUUUUUUCUGGCUUCUACCAAACACAAUGCCUUUGUUAAAGCUUUGCCUUAAACCACUUCAUGAAAACCCCGAAACCGCAAACGAUAUUACAGAAAGGAGUUUUAAUGAUUGGGGUUUUAUCUUUGGGGUCUUUCUUCGGCGCAAGGAUGAUAUAAUGAGUUCACGACACAUCACAGAGUUUCUCCAUGCCUUGACGAAUUUCAUUAUCUCUCUCAGACGUUUUACAUAACACCCAGACGUUGUUUUUUGAAUUUUUUUGAAUUUAUAUUUCCCUUUUUUGUCAUUUCGUUUAUUCUUUCUUCACUUUAUACGAUCAAAGAUAGAUGAAGAAAUUUUAUAACGAUCCUACGUACCCAUACCAGUCCCAGUCUACAUUUUAUAUUGUUACCAAAUUUAUCUACAUAAGAACCAUAACUGAUUGGUAUAUUUCUCCAUAUUAGCUCGCUCCCAUCGCCAUUAAGAAAGAUAGCUUAACAGCUUAUGCCCGGCGCCAUGCAUAGUGUAAUAAAGUACAGCGGACAACGUACAUACCCGCAUUCGGCAAACAGACAAACACAAACACUUGUAGUGACGCGCGGGCAUCGAAGUGGAACGAAGGAUCGAAUGGAUGACGGAUCGGGAGGGUACAUUAGUGUGGUAUGACGCAUUUGGAUAUGAUGGACGAUUAUUACGAAACCGGGAAUGAUGGAAUGAUGGAAUGAGAUGUUGGAGAGACUAUAUUUUUUUUUGUGGAUGACCUUUUUAUGGCCAGAUUUUCUAUUUAUGAAUUGAUGAUGAUUUUGAUCUAGCUUUCGCUGGAAAUUUUUAUGUUUUGGAUUUUGGAUCUUGGAUCUUCUGGGACAUUGAUUAUGUUGUUUUGGUUUGGUUGAGAAAUUGAUUUAUUGAUUUAUUGAUUUAUUUGUUUGUUUGUUUGUUUGAGCAGUUUGUGAGUUUGUGAGUUUGUGAGUUUGAAUUUGGAGAGUGGAUAGAUGGUAUGGUGGAGUUGGGGAAUGGUGAUGUAUGUGAUGAUGUAUUGAUGUAUGUGAUGAUGAUGCUAUGGUUGGUUGUUGUGGAUUGGAAGAUGGAUAUGGGAGGAUGCGGAUACAGAUGCAGAUGCAGAUGCA